AUGGGCGCUCAGUACUGCUCCUGGUUGCUGCGCUUCCUCCUGCCGUCGCUGUGGGAGGCGGAGGUCGCCAUUUCCGCCGCGGCGCUCCUCGCCACCGUGGCGCUCCUCGUCGUCCUCGACCAGACUGCGUCGAGCACGAGCGCCACCUCCUCCCCGCCUUCUUCAGCAGCUGAAGCCUGCGGCCGGGACAGCCGAUGCCGGAGACAGAGGCGGAGCCGCCGCGCAAAGAGAAGCAACAAGGCGGCCGCCGAGCCCGGACUCGCCAGCGAGAUUGAAAUCGUGGCUGACAGCUCUCCCUCUCGGGGCACCACCACCGUGUACGUGAUCAAGGUGGAGCUUGUGUCCGCCAAGUACCUGAUCGGCGCCAACCUGAACGGGACCUCCGAACCUUACGCCGUAAUCUCCCUCGGCGACCAGAAGCGCUUCAGCUCCAUGGUGCCUAGCCCGAGAAAUCCUGUGUGGGGCGAGGAAUUCAACUUCCUGGCCGGAGAGCUACCAGCCGAGGUAACCAUAACAAUAUAUGACUGGGACAAUGUAUGCAAAUGCAAAGUUAUCGGAUCUGUAACUUUAGCUAUUCUCGGCAAAGACGAAACAGGAGCUACUUGGUACGACCUGGACAGCAGAUCUGGUCAGAUCUGCUUGCGCAUUAGCUCAGUGGAGGUGCUUCCGACUUCUGAUAGCUUCUUUAAGCAAUAUACUGAAACUAACUCCCAUAGAAAGAUGCUACUCAAUAAGCAACGGUUGGCGAGGAUUGAAGACAGUGGUCUUCUGCAAGCUAUAACCGAAUUUCCUCAUAAUGAAAUUGUUCACCACAGUUAUUCGUGUGCUCUGGAAAGGUCCUUCUUGCACUGUGGGCGUAUGUGCAUCUCCUCAUGGCAUCUCUGCUUCCACUCUAACGUAUUCGCCAAGCAAUUGAAUGUGAUUAUUCCAUUACAAGACAUAUAUGAGAUAAGGAGGAGCCAGCAUUCCCUUAUAAACCCAGCUAUUACUAUAUUUCUUCAUACCGGUGCAGGUGGUCAUGGAGCACCUACACUGUGCUGCCAAAAUGGAAGCAUCAGGUACAAGUUCACAUCCUUCUGGAACAGAAACCGUACAUUUCGAGCUCUAGAGGCAGCAUUACAGAGUUACCGAGCAACCUUGGAUGCUGAAAAGCAGGUGAGAUCACAUUUGCUUCCUAAAGCAGAAAGUAUGAAUGUUAUUAGCAGCAGAACAGACAGCAUAAAGACAGAGGACAGAAGCAUUGAACUGGCUAUCACAUACCAACCAUUCAUCAAUGAACAUGUUCUUGUAGAUGUAACCAGUGAUACCUUCCCUGGUACAGCUAAGAAGUUUUUCACUGUGAUACUAGGUGACAAUGCAAUGUUUUUUCAGCAGUACCGAGAUGCACGAAAAGAUACAGAUUUAAAGCUGAGUAAGUGGCAUGUCUCAGAUGUGUACGGUGGAAAUUUCCGGGAAGUAACUUUCAGGUCGCUGUGCAACAGUCCUCUGUGUCCUCCGGACACUGCGGUAACAGAAUUGCAGCAUGCUUCUUUCUCGAAGGACAAAAGAAACUUGAUCUAUGAAACAAAGCAGCAGGCACACGAUGUCCCAUUUGGCUCUUACUUUGAGAUCCACUGCAGGUGGUCUCUAAGAACGACCUCUAGUUCAACAUGUCAAGUGGAUAUAAAGAUUGGUGUCAACAUGAAGAAAUGGUGCAUUUUGCAAUCAAAAAUAAAAUCAGGAGCAACUGACGAGUACAGGAGAGAAGUUUGCAAGAUUUUGGAGGCUGCCAGUGAUUAUACCCUCAGAGCCGAGUCAAAUGGCCCAGCAAGUGACGAUACUGUGGCGAUAUCCUCGGCAUAA